GAAUUACAAUUUUUAGAUCUUGUAAGUUUUACUUGGAUUCUUUAUAAACACUCAGUCCAAUUCAUCAUUUUCUCCCCUAAACCGGUGUCCUAUUCCAAUUUCUCGAGAAACAAACAAAUAAACAAAAUAGAAAAAGAAAAAUUUGAAAUCCCUCAUGUUUUUUUUCCACCUCCUCAACAAAUUUUUCCCACCAAUCAGAAUGAGAAUCAAAAUUAGAAACAAACAGAAUCCCAAGUUCAAUGAUUCUACUUUCCACUACCUGAAAAUCAAAAUCAAAAACCCAAAAGCCCCCACAUCUUUCUGACACUCUUCUCAGUCCCACUUGUUAAUCUCACAGCCUAAGCUUUUUCCCUGUCCAUAAUAAAUAUCCACCAAAUAUCCAGACACCCUAUAAAUAUCCACUUCCCAAUUCUUGCACCUUUUUUUUUCUCUGUCUGCAAUGCCCUUUCGCCUAUGCUUAUCCAAAUCAUCCUCCUUCUUCAACCCAAUAAUUCCCAAAUCCCAAAUCUCCAUGGCCAAUCUCUCUUCUUUACCUACCAACCACAGAACCACCUCCACCACCACCACCACUACUCCCAGAACCCGCCUCAGGGGCGUGGUUUUCGACAUGGACGGAACGCUUACGGUCCCUGUCAUCGAUUUCUUGGCAAUGUAUAAAGCAGUUCUUGGUGACGACGAGUACAGAAGGAUUAAAUCGGAAAACCCAUCUGGGAUCGAUAUUUUGCAGCAGAUUGAGAAUUGGAGCCCCGAUAGGCAAAAAAAGGCCUACGAGAUUAUUACUGAUUACGAACGCCAGGGGCUCGAUCGCCUUCAAAUCAUGCCUGGUGCAGCAGAACUUUGUGGUUUGCUUGAUUCUAAAAAAAUAAGAAGGGGAUUAAUCACACGCAACAUUAACGACGCAGUUGAUUUGUUCCAUCAACGUUUUGGGAUGAAAUUUUCUCCAGCUCUUAGCAGGGAAUUUCGUCCUUGCAAGCCAGAUCCAGCUCCAUUACUGCAUAUAUGUUCAAUCUGGGAAGUUGAACCUAAUGAAGUGAUUAUGGUUGGUGAUAGUCUUAAAGAUGAUGUGGCAUGCGGAAAGCGAGCAGGAGCAUUUACAUGCUUGCUUGAUGAAAGUGGGAGAUACAAUGCUCCAGAAUAUGCCAAUGUGGAUCACAAACCCGAUUUCAAAGUUUCUUCACUUACUGAAGUUUACUCGCUAUUGGAAAGACAUUUUGAGCUUGUACCUUGAUCUGAACGUGGUUUCAACGGAAUUUUCAAUGCCUAACUGACUAGCGUUUACGUCAUGCUCAAUCUAAGAAAGGUCUCAAGUAAGAUUGCCUCUUGGGUUUUCCUCCUUUAUUUAAAGAGUUCAAGAAACCCGUCAAAGAUUAAGCGGGAUUGAAUGAAUCUCUGUUUCUUAAGUAGAAGAGAGAGGCUCAUUCUGCAAUUUGCACAAGAGUUCCUCAUGGUGGGGAAUAGUAGUGCACUGCAGAAAGAGUGACUGUCAGCGUGUAGGAGAAAAAAAAAAAAACUUUGAACGCAUUGUAGCUGAGAAACAAAGUGGAGUGGUUUUUGUAUUAUGUAGCCACUUGAUGUUUCCUGCAAGUAAAGAUCAUUGUUGUAUAUGUAGAUAUUAUUUUGUGCAAUGAAACUUUUAUCUAUUUAUUUAA